CCACUGUCAUUCUGAAUUCUGUACACACGGGGAAAUAAGACAAAUAUGGACCCCACUCUGGCCCUCCUGCUUUCUCUGCUGCACCUCGUAAGUGUGGGCACAGCUGCUCCUCUGCCAGGGGAGGUCGUGAAGAUGAAAUCAAAAGUGAAGUGGAUGGCGGAACAGCUGGUGGUUAGGCUGGACAAAGACUUCCAGGCUCCUCCUGGCCUGGCACUCAGCCCACCCGCUGAUGAUCUGGACAUACCUUCCUCCAUAGUGACAGUCUUGGAGGGUUACAACAGCAUGAUCUCUGACACCCUGAAUGGCGUCGCUCAGGUCAAGUUUGACAUCUCCUCACUGACGGGAUACCUUGAUCAGUGGAGGCAGGCGCACUGCAGCGAGCAGCGGCCGAAGACUUCAAUCCCGGGGCCGCUACAGGAGCUGCAGAGCCGCAAAGAGUUCAUUCACACCGUGAGCAUCGAGGCUCUCAUGAGAGUGAAGGAGUUCCUCAAUCUGCUCCUGAAAAAUCUGGAUCACCUUGAGACGUGCUGA